CAGGCAUCCAGGGGGAAAGGCCCCGAGUGCACCAACAUGGAGGUCACAGUGCACUUUCGCUAUGGAGCCCCGCCUGUCAUUAAUCCACUGGGCACUCGUUUUCCUGCCAAUGCAACCGUCCGUCCUUCCUAUAACAUAAGCAUGACGCUGAGCAGUGCCGUGCAGAACAACACCUUCGUGAACGUUACCACCCCUGCUGCGGGAGACUGGUUCAUCGCUGCGCACCUCCCCGAGGCUGCUGGCCGCAUUGAGGUGAAGGGUUUCUCCACCCCAUGCACCUAUAUGUUUCAGCCAGAUAUGUUUGUGCUUAGACUCAUUGAUAUGCCUGUUCUGGAGCCUGGUGUUGCCAUGGCACAAACGGUCGUCUCACCUGCUAAACCACUGCAUGUCAAGGUCUUUGUUCCCAAGUACACAGCCACCAUGUGGUUUGAGCUGCGGAGCUGCGUGGCUAGUGAGCAGAAAGCCUGUGCUGUGCGGGUCGUGCUGGGCUCCAUCACGCUGCCACAGUCCUUCCAGAGGAUCCUCACCUGCACCGGGAAUGUAAACUGCAGCCUGGGCCUGGAUUCACCCCCCUGGGAGAAGUGGCUGCAGAUCAUGGUGGAGAAUCUUGGCACUGGCAGUGCUGAUGUGUCUGUGGAGAUGGUGGCUUCUUUCACAGCUUGCAAACCAGGAAGUGCCAGUUCAUUCCUUAACUUCAGCAGUCUUAACCAGAGCCAAACUGGUCCCAGACCAGGUAACACAGGAACAGCAGGGAGCCGUGCUCUGCCUGCAGGAGAGGCUCCACGCAACGCAUCCGACCAGCCAAGUUUCUGUCUCCAGAGCCAGCCUGUCGUUCGUGAGGACCUGGAUGUUGUGUCUGUGCGGUACAGGCUCUUGAACGGUCCCAGUGUGCCUGUGUACUCCAUCUUCCCCACCCUCCUCUUCCUCGGUUUGAAUACUGGCAUGGACAGCGGAGGUUCCCUUGUGGUGAAUCUCCUGCUUAACAAGACAUCCCUGAGCCUGGCCAACGCCACUGUGCUAGCGUGUGUGAGUGCUGCUUCACCAGUGCUGUCCCCCAAUGCUACGCAGAACUGCAGCACAGCUUUCUUCCAGGGCUACCCUCUGAGCGUGAGCGCAUCCUCCACAGAAGCAAUGCUGAUUGUUCUUUACCCAGAGACCAGUGACUGGUUCCUUUCCCUGCAGCUCAUCUGCCCAAAGGGCCAAGGUGAAUGUACCAACGCAGAAGCCAAAGUGACCGUYGUAGCGUACCUCACCCCCUGCUUCAACGACUGCGGCCUCUACGGGCAGUGCAGUCUUCUGAGAAGACAUGGCUACCUCUAUGCUGGCUGCAGCUGCAAAGCUGGUUGGAGUGGAUGGAGCUGCACGGACGAUACCAAGGCGCAGUCUGUCAGUGCGCAGAACCUGGCCACCCUUCUGCUCACGCUGAGUAACCUCAUGUUCCUACCAGCGAUCAUGGUUGCUGUCUAUCGCUACUGCCUGGUGGAAGCCUCUGUCUACACUUACACGAUGUUCUUCUCCACGUUCUACCACGCGUGUGACCAGCCAGGCGUCGCUGUGCUCUGUAUUAUGGACUAUGACACACUACAGUACUGUGACUUCUUGGGGUCCGUGGUGUCCAUCUGGGUGACCAUCCUGUGCAUGUCCCGAGUGAAGAAGAUCCUGAAAUACGUCCUUUUCCUCCUGGGAACUCUCUUCAUUGCCAUGUCUCUGCAGCUGGACCGCAGAGGGGUGUGGAACAUGAUGGGUCCCUGUCUCUUUGCCCUCGUCAUCAUGAUUGCAGCAUGGGUUUACCACGGAGUGAAGCGCAGACACUGCUACCCCUCCUCGUGGAAGCGCUGGGUUUUCUACCUCCUACCAGGGAUCACCUUGGCUUUCAUCGCCAUCUCAGUAUAUGCAUUCAUGGAAACCAAUGAGAACUAUUACUACACCCACAGCAUUUGGCACGUGCUGGUGGCGAGCAGCGUUGCUUUCCUGCUCCCACCUCGGGAAAAACAUAAGAAGCCCUGGGCCUGGUCGCAGAAACUCACGUGCCGCUAUCAGAUCUGUCAGAAUGACCGCGAGGAGCUGUAUGCUGUGACCUGAACUGCUGGGCUGCAGGUCACAGAGACAAGAAGGGGUUAGUCAGGUUGCUUUCUGCUAGGCCAGCCUGGGCUGCCCCUCCGUAGCACUUUGGCAAUCCUAUUACAUGCUCAUUCAGCGGCUGGGACAGCACAGUAGCUGGACUUGGAUGUAAAGGUGCAGAGGGGGAGCUUGUCUUAUGAAGACAAGUGGGAGCUCUCUGCUUUUCUGCUGAGACGGAGCAGGCUCUUCGUGCUUUUCAAUGAAGGAAUAGUCUGCCCCCGCCUCUCUCGUGGCCCCCGGGGGGUCUGCCCCCCSCUUCUUUCCCUUGAGCUGUGUCUGUGGGGCUGAGGCACGGCCCGCUCUGCACUAGGGCCAGGGCUUGGGCCAUUAGGCUUUUCUCUGCACUUACUCUUCCAGCAAAGAGCUGCAGGGGCAGGGAUUUCCCUUGCUGCCCUGCUCUCAGUAUUUGAUUUGCUAAGAGAACAGGUUUCCCCUGUGCCUGACCUGAAGGCAAAUGCUGCCGAGUACCCUUGGUGCUGAUGGGGAGCUGUUUUCAGUAGGCCCUGGAAGCAUUGCUGUCUSCAGUGCAAGCCCGGAGCCUCUCCCGAAACAGGUGGUGCUGCUUUUACCUAGUCCUSAUUCUGGAGGGGAUUCAUGAGACUGCAACUUAGCCCCAGGUUUAGGAUCAAGGGAAAAAAAAAAAAAGUGUAGGCAUGUGCAAAAGGCAUCGGCAGCAUCUGACCCAGGGCUGCAAACCAUGCGGCAGUGCAGGGCUUUGUUUUCUAUUUUGGUCCUCUUAGCUCAUCUGGAAGGGCCCAGGUGCUGCCCUGUGCCCCCUUUCUCGAUGUUCAGGUAUUCAUUGUCUUCCUUCCUUUCCUGGCUUCAUCAAACAUGCAGCUCUGCCGUGGCAACGUCGUAGGUGGCAGGAUCGCUCAGGACUGCAGCCAGGUCAGUGUGCUCAGCGUGCUGUGGCACUGCUCUUGCAAGGGAAGUGGGUAAAGCUGCCCCUGACUCCUGCCUCUUUGGACAGCAACAGCUCUCAGACCGCCGAGGUCCCAGACUUGGCAUCUGGGGCCCGGGAGUAGCUCAGGCCUCAAGGCACGCAGCAAACCUUGCAGUAGUCUGAGCACGGCGUGGUCUUACGCGUCACGUCCAGGCUGUGCGACCCCGCGCUCGAGCUGCUCCCGGGAGCRGGAGCUCUGCGGGCCCCUCUCUGCUCCCCGUUCGUUCCUGCUGGCUGGGAAGCCAGUGCCUGGCACAGGCAAAGGGAGAGGCGAGCGCGUGGAGCCCAAAGCAGCAACGUGGCGCUGCUGACACCUGUGCGUGGCAGUGGGGAUGUCUGUGUGCUUAGGCUCACGG